GUUGUUCGUGCCUCCAUUCGCAGUGGUAUGUGAGUAAUAUCAAUGGAAGCGGUCAUGUUGAACUCCACAUCUUGUUGAACUCCACAUCUUGCAAAGUACAACCUGUCUUGGUCACAUAUGAAUGUGAUUUAAAAUAUAUUUGCAGAGUAGGCCUAUUUAGAGUUGAAAUGAUUUUGUCCUGGUAUGACAUCGGACAUUUCUUUCUCCACUCGGCUAAAGACAGAGAUGAUUUCUUGCAUUAAAACGCCCAUGCCAACUUUCGGGUCAGUCCUUCGAACGAAGUUUCAGCACCAAGGAUAGCUCAUCAACCACUUUAGCACUGCAGAACGAGGACAGCAGAGGAAACCUCGCUUCACAUCCCAAAUUACGUUUAACGGUCCUUGAAUAGAAGAGUUUCUUAAAUAAUAAUAUCCUGUGGACAGAUUCUGCGCAUUUGACCAAAUUACGCGAUAUUUUACUGCGAUUACUGAAAUAUUUCACUAGUCAAGAGUUGCUUCAAAGUGCGUUUCUGCUUACGAUCAAACCUGGAAUGUGAUAUAUGUAUUAGGUGGAAUUUCGUGUCAGGAUAUGCAACACUGUUCAUUUACUGUUCAGUCAUUUGGAUGCUGAUAAAACUGCACUGAAUGUACAAGGACUCUUUGGAAAUUAAAGAAGAGAAAGGGUGAUUUUGCCGAACAACCAAAAGAUCCCCGCGCUUUAGUUUAGCGGUAUCAACAGCACGUGCCUUUUCACGUCUUCACUAAGCUUGUUAAGGACGGAAAGAGAUUUCGCGUCCUUCUCUCUAAAAAGACAACUGGAAUGUACAAACUUGUUCUGAGACGUCGUGGCAGAAUGUAUAUGCUAUAGCCUACUAUAUGGGAAAAUAAAUGUGUAUUAUGGAUAAGGAAUUAUUGUUAAUGUGUUUGCGAGCUCUCUCUUGACCUUUUCAUAUUUUUUUUGCGUUUGUUAUUGACAUUGUAUGAACAUGUUACCUUAUAUUUAUUAUCGUAAAAACGUGUUUUGAAGAUUUUACAGUCAUAGUCGAAAAAAAGUCAGAUAUUUGUCAUGUGCCCUAUAUGGAAAGGUGAACCAGACAACGGCUAUUGGAGUCGGAAUAGCAAAUAAUAAUUAUUUCAAAUUACGUUUCACCUAACUACAUUUAGAGUUUCAAAGAGAUAGGUGACGUUUUUCUACAAACAGUUAUGACAUUUGCGCUGUUUGGAAGUAUGGUGAAGUGGAUCUUAUGGAACUUGGUCUCAUUCGUCCUGUGCUGGACAUUUGUUAACGCACAGGGUGGAUCUGAUGAGAGUCUGACAGCAGAGGAGCAGAUGUACAUUCUGUAUGACAUUAAACUCCAAUGCCACCAGAACCUCUCCACCCGCGACCCUGCAGAUGACCUUUGCCCCCCUGGUUGGGACGGCCUGGUUUGCUGGCCUCAGGGUUACCCAGGAGCUGUCACCAAGGUCCCCUGCCCCAGCUAUGUCUACGACUUCAACCACAAAGGUCACACCUCCAGGAAGUGUGACAUCAAUGGGUCGUGGGUGUUUGUGGAGAGCCUGAACAGGACGUGGCCUAACUACUCAGAGUGUCUGGGCCCUGGGUUUAUGAAGCCAAGCAACGAGAGAGGGAAACAGAACUUCUUUGAGCGGCUCUAUGUCAUGUACACUGUGGGCUAUGCUGUGUCCUUCAGCUCUCUACUAGUGGCUAUCCUCAUCAUUGGAUACUUCAGGCGUCUCCACUGUACCAGGAACUACAUCCACAUCCACCUGUUUGUCUCCUUCAUGCUCCGAGCCGUCAGCAUCUUCGUCAAGGACCGGGUGGUGUACGCCAGCGCCGGCCUGCAGGAGUUUGAUGCGGUGCUCAUGGACAACUUCAAGACUGUGGCCAUGGCGCCACUGGACAACUCUCAAUAUAUUGGGUGUAAAGUGACAGUGCUGAUGUUCAUCUAUUUCUUGGCGACUAACUACUACUGGAUCCUAGUGGAGGGCCUGUACCUCCAUAGUCUCAUCUUCAUGGCCUUCCUCUCUGACACAAAGUACCUGUGGGGCUUCACCCUCAUCGGAUGGGGUGUUCCAGCUCUGUUCGUGGCAACAUGGGCAGUUGUCCGGGCAACACUAGCAGAUGGAAGGUGCUGGGAGUUAAGUGCUGGGAACAUUAAGUGGAUAUACCAGGUUCCCAUUCUGACAGCCAUCGGACUCAACUUUAUCCUUUUUGUGAACAUUGUGCGAGUGCUGGCAACAAAGAUCAGGGAGACCAAUGCAGGGAGAUACGACACAAGAAAACAGUACAGGAAGCUGGCUAAGUCCACCCUAGUGCUGGUGCUGGUGUUUGGGGUCCACUACAUUGUGUUUGUGGGGAUGCCUCACACCUUCCAGGGCCUCAGCUGGGAGGUCAGAAUGUACUUCGAGCUCUUCUUCAACUCCUUCCAGGGGUUCUUUGUAUCCAUCAUCUACUGCUACUGCAAUGGAGAGGUCCAGACAGAGAUCAAAAAGACGUGGACUCGUUGGAACCUGGCGUUUGACUGGAAGGGUCCGGUGGUGUGUGGCAGGUACCGCUACGGCUCGGGGCUCACAGUGCUCAACAACAGCACCAUCAGCCAGUCCCAGCUGGCCGGGAUUGGCUCUGCCACCCGAUCCACCACCCUCUUCUCCAGCCGGGUCUACCGGAGCAACGGACCUCCUACACUCAGCACCCAUGCCACCCUGCCUGGCUACGUCAUUAGUAACUCAGACCCAGACAGCCUCCACCCCUCUAUCCCUGAGGAACCAGAGGAGGACAGUGCCAAGCAGGUGGAUGACAUCUCUCUGAAGGAGACGCUGCAUGUACUCAAUAGUAGCAUGACUGCAGAUGAUGAUGAGGAGACACUGUAGACAAGGGGAGAGACGGUAGGAUUUCCUGAAUAUGAAUAAUAUAUUUCUUGGCUGGGAAAAACACCAGGCCUUUGGGAUAGGGAUCAAAGACUCCUGGCCCUAGACUUGGAAACGCAUGUACAUUCAUAGAGAUACAAACGUAAUAGUGCUGUGCAGGUUGAAUCAUAACCCGCUGUCCCCACGGUUAUAUCCGCAAGGCGGGCGGGUUUAGGGUCCUUAAUUAUUGUGUCGAUGAAGGGCGGAUGAAGUGUGGAUGAAGAGAAAACAAUACCUUGAAAAAUCCAUAAAUGUAUAAUUCUUGUGCAAUUUAUAUCUAUAGGCUACACUGAGGGUUUUCUUUCAUUAUUUUAGGCUAUCUGGAAUUAGUGCUUAAGCCUAAGCUGUAGGUGCGCCAAAUAACCUACACACCAAUCGCCAAAAACUUUUGGAAACGGGCAGAGAAAGUUAACGUCGAUCCACUGAGGCAAUAAGGACAAUGUCAGAGUUUAAUUCAAUAAGAGAAAAGCUGCAAAGGGGAGAGUUGAAAAUAAAGAGAAGGGAUGGCCAGAAAAGUAGUGUUUGGGAAAGAUUUGGUGAAGUGGUUUUAAAGAGGAUGGUAGCAGUGCCAUGUGUGAUGAUUGUGAGGAGCUAUACAAAUUCAACAGUCACAAGACAGGAACUUCAAAUAGGCCUAUGGCAUGUCAAGGGAAUGGUAGCCUACUGUUCAGAUGGGUUAUAUGGAAACAGAAAUCUGGACACUGACUGUAGGUCUAUAACCUCUCACAUAGCCUUAAUAUUAACUCCUGCGUAAUUAAGCAUUUUUUGCAGUAAAAUUAUACAGCAAAUAAUUGACUCAGGAACAGGAGUAAUAUGAUUUCUUUAUUUCAGCAUCUUAGAGAGAGCCUGGUAUCAUAGACUAGACGUAACAUAGUAAAUGUAAAUCUGGUAAAGUACUUUUGGUAUGGUUACAUAAAACAGAUGGUUACUUAAGACAAAAACAAAGUAGGGUAUUGGUCGGAUUGAAUGGGUUAGCGUAUAACGCGAACGUCUACAUACAGAGUAAUAUGAAAUGUAGGCCUUUAUGGAUACAUACUGUACAGUAGGCCUAUAUGGAUACAUGCAGUAGGCCUAUAUGGAUACAUACAGUAGGCCUAUAUGGAUACAUACAGUGUGCCUAUAUGGAUACAUACAAUAGGCCUAUAUGGAUACAUGGAGUAGGCCUACAUAGAUACAUAUAGUAGGCCUACAUAGAUGCAUACAGUAGGCCUAUAUAGAUACAUACAGUAGACCUAUACGGAUACAUACAGUGGACCUAUAUGCAGGCUACAGACUCAAACACACAGAAAAACGCCACAGUUGAGGGGUAAGACAACAAACAAGAAAAGACAUGUCUCAUCUUUGUACAAAAUCACGGACUGACUUUUUGUAGCCAAUGGAUGACAUUUUCAAGUGAAAAAUACGAAUGUUCAUUGCUUUAUCCAUAUAAUUUUGAGCCACGGAUCGAUGUUUUCUGCCAAACACUCCCCAGUCGCUGACUAUCAGACAUUCCAUCCUUUAGGGGAGGUGAGGGCUAAAGUCAGUACUAAGGGCUUGAGGAACUGACUGCAUCAUGUGCCUGUCUGUGCAAAGCAUGAUUUUUUAAUCCAAAAUUACAUUUGACUGACUAACAGAUGUCUGGAUGCCAACAGUAUUUUGUUUUCCCCCUUAUCAAGCUGAGUUCUAUCCAGUCUAGAAAAAUACCUUUAAAAAAAGCUAAUUUCUCUCAAUGUCUGGCUUGUUGUUGGCUUAAGUGAUUACAGUCAUGUCUCAGUUAUAUUUGUUGUUCUCUUCUCCGUUUACUUGUGAUAAAUGUUACUUCACUGC